UCUCAAUAUUCUACCAUCUCCACUGCUUAAGUCAUGUCUCCUCCUGUUUCUGUUCACAAUAUUGAUGAUACCUUAGCCCGUGCUGCUGCUUCAUUCAAGAGAUUUCAUGCAGCUGCUAUGACCGAAGAACUUGAAAACCGAACUCCCAGUGAACAACGAACUAUGAUUGGCGAAUCGCUCUACCCUUUGGUGGAAUUACUCGAGCCUUUGUUUGCACCAAAAAUCACAGGAAUGAUUCUUGAACUACCCCGAGCCGAAAUCUUUCGGUGCUUAGAAUCACCAGAAGCUCUCAAGAAAAAGGUUAAUGAGGCAAUUAUUGUUUUAAUGGAGUCCAAACAGAUGAAUCUAGACGAGCAGGAAGCUAAGAAGGUCCGAGCAGCCAUGCACUCGUCUAAGCUUUGAUGUGAUUUUGUGGCUUUUUUAUUUAUGUUUCAUGCUGCAUUUUGAAUCCUCAUUUCUGUUUCAAAUAAAAACUUAAGAUUCUAUCA